GGAAGGUUUGUAGGAGCGAUAGGGCCGCCUGUGGGGAAACUUUUCACGUCACACCGCGUUGGUCCUAGCUGGUACACACCAAACAAAUUGCACUCCGACGGUCCAGGGUCGAGUAGAAAGUACGAGUGCUCGUAAAAGCGCAGAGUAGAAAGCAAUUAAGGUUGGGGAGGCGUGUAAAUCAGUUGCUUCGGUGUGGGGGAAAGCCUAAAGUAAAUGUACAGCUCCUUUAGUUGUGUUAGUGCUGCUAGGACAAAUAGUACCAUAGAGGUUGAUGUGCAGCAGCUCCGUGUCUGCAACACUCGCGCAGUCCGUCAGCGGCGGAACAGAAAUCACGAUUUAUUCAUAUAAGUUCGCCUUUUAUACGUGUCCCUGGGAUUUAUACAGACAUGAGGUGCUUCGGCAGUGCCGCUAUGCUGGUGUCAAGCCCGUGAGUGAGCCUCUGUGCCUUGGGCUCCAGGCCUCCAGGCUCUAGGCCCAGUCUGAGCCUCCAGCAGCAGCAUGUCCAGCUCGGGCUUUCCCCCCAGCCAGGGGAACUUCAGCAGCGAGCAGAGCCGCUACCCACCCCACUCAGUCCAGUACACCUUCAGCCCUGUGCGCCAUCCGCCGGAGUUGGCUGUUCCAGAAUACCGCAAUACUCACCUGCAGGACCAGCAGCAGCGUCGCAGACCCUCAUUGCUGUCAGAAUUCCACCCUGGGACUGAGAGGCCUCCGGAGCGCAGGCAUGGCUACGAGCAGCAGUUCCACACAGUGCCAGCCCAGCCUGAGCAUGAGGCUGUGGACGCCAAACGGCCUCGUGUCGAGGGCACUCCUGAACCCCACAUGCCCCGUCCUCCGCCUGCUGGCAUCGUUCUUCCACUCCCUCAUACUGUACAGGACGGCAUGAGAACCACCGGAGACGUGAAGAAGGAGACCCAGUUCAGUAUGAAGGUUGAAGCAUCAUCCCCUGGAGGAGGCAUGCAGUCUCUAGGGGAAGAACAGGACGCAUCUCCCUCCAAGCUUUCCAAAGAGGAGCUGAUCCAGAGCAUGGACCGCGUGGACAGAGAGAUCGCAAAGGUCGAGCAGCAGAUCUUCAAGCUCAAGAAGAAGCAGCAACAACUGGAGGAGGAAGCAGCUAAGCCCGUGGAGCCGGAAAAGCCAGUAUCUCCGCCCCCUGUAGAACACAAGCACCGGAGCAUCGUUCAGAUCAUCUAUGAUGAGAACCGGAAAAAAGCGGAAGAGGCCCAUAAGAUCUUUGAAGGACUCGGCCCUAAAGUGGAGCUGCCUCUCUAUAACCAGCCAUCGGAUACUAAAGUAUAUCAUGACAACAUUAAGACAAAUCAAGUAAUGAGGAAGAAGUUGAUUCUGUUCUUCAAGCGGAGGAACCACGCACGCAAACAGAGGGAGCAGAAGAUCUGUCAGCGCUACGACCAGCUGAUGGAAGCAUGGGAGAAAAAAGUGGAGCGGAUGGAGAACAACCCACGGCGCAAAGCCAAGGAGAGCCGCACUCGCGAGUACUAUGAGAGGCAGUUCCCCGAGAUCCGCAAACAACGCGAGCAACAGGAACGCUUCCAAAGAGUGGGCCAGAGAGGGACGGGGCUGUCGGCCACCAUAGCAAGGAGCGAGCAUGAGAUUUCAGAGAUCAUAGAUGGCCUCUCGGAACAGGAGAAUAACGAGAAGCAGAUGAGGCAGCUGUCUGUCAUUCCUCCCAUGAUGUAUGACUCUGAGCAGCGGCGCGUGAAGUUCAUCAAUAUGAACGGGCUUAUGGAUGACCCCAUGAAGGUCUACAAGUCCCGCCAAUUCAUGAACGUGUGGACCGAGCACGAGAAGGAGAUCUUUAAGGAUAAGUUCAUGCAGCACCCGAAGAACUUUGGCCUGAUCGCCUCUUAUCUAGAGCGAAAGUGUGUUUCAGAUUGUGUACUGUAUUACUACUUGACCAAGAAGAGCCAGAACUACAAGACACUGGUUCGGCGCAACUACAGCAACCGCCGACGGAGGAACCAACAGAUAACGCGACCCUCACAAGAAGACAAGUCUGAGGACAAAAACGAGGAGGAUAAAUCUGAGAAAUCGGAGAAGAAAGAGGACGACGAGAAGAAGGAAGAGGAGGAGAAAGAUGAAAAAGAGGACUCAAAGGACAUUGGCAAAGACAAAGAGAAGUGCGAGGGGGAGGACGAGGAGGGCAAGGAGCAGAGCACGCCACGGGGCCGCAAGACGGCCAACAGCCAGGGCCGCCGUAAGGGCCGCAUCACUACCCGCUCCAUGGCCAAUGAGGCAGCUGCUGUGGCUGCAGAGGAGCCACCACCACCUCCGCCUGAACCAGUUUUGCCGGAGCCUGUCCCUCCUCCCAAACCGGAGCCAGUGCAGAAGCCUGUGCGAGAGCUUACUAAACUUGCCCCUGUGAGCACCAUGGAUGCCCAAGCACGAGGAUCUGUGGAGGCUGGAGAGACUUCUCGCUGGACCGAGGAGGAGAUGGAGGUCGCCAAAAAAGGGCUGGUGGAGCAUGGGCGGAACUGGUCGGCUAUUGCUAAGAUGGUAGGCACCAAAAGUGAGGCUCAAUGCAAGAACUUCUACUUUAACUACAAGAGACGCCACAACCUGGACAACCUGCUGCAGCAGCACAAGCAGGUGACCAGACGGUUACGUGAACGAGACGCAUCACAAAGCGACAGUAUGGCCACGGCUUCAGCUGACGAUGAUGAGGAGAACCCAGAUGACAGUGAAGGUGCAGAUAACAGCUCGGACACAGAGAGCGCCCCAUCUCCCUCUCAGACAGACCCUUCUAAGCCCUCUGACCCGCUGCCCCACUCCAGCACUGGAGAAAGCGCCUCAGAGCAAGAAUCCGCCUCUGCCAAAGGCCCUGGCCCAGAUUCCAAAGCCCAGGAGCAGCCCUUCGAGGAGCUUAAGGUUAAGAUGGAGAAGAGUCCAGAAGGCGGGGCGGUGGGCGACGGCAUGGCUCAGGACGAGCGGGCACGGCAAGCCUUCGAGGGUCAGGUGCACCCUAAGAGUGAGCCACAGGACACAGAAAUGGCCACGGGGGCAGUAGCUGCAGCAGUUGGGGAGAGAGGAGAGAUCCAGGUGAAGACAGAGCCAGAAGCCAGGGAGAAAGGCGAAAAGCAAGGUGAUCAGGCGCACUCGGAUAACGACUCAAGCGCCACAUGCAGCGCCGACGAGGAUGUGGAUGCCGAGCCAGAGAGACAGAGGAUGUUUUCUUUGGAGAAGCCGUCAUUGCUUGGAGGCCCCCCAGGUGCCUCUGUGGUAGUGUCUUCGGCCAAGCAGGCCCAGCUCAGCAUGCAGCAACUCCAGCAGCGGGCAGCCAGCAUCCCCCCUAUGGUCAGUCCCCCUAGCUCCAUCCCCCACUUACCUAGCAGAUAUGCCCCUCUGGCCAGGGCCAGGCCAAGGGACUGGGAGAGGCUCGAAUCCGGAGCCAGGGCCCAAAGCUGGUCUCCCUCAGCCCAGAUGCCCCGCCAUGUAUCUGGUCCCUUUGGGACAGCUGGCGUCCCUGUAGGAGCUCCUCUCAGCGGCUUUACCAUGUUCCAGCACCAGAUCAAAGCAGUGCACGAGUCAGCUCACCUGGAGGACAACCAGCGGCAAGAGCCCGGGGAGGCAGAGCGUCGCCCACGCUUCACUACCCGCAGCCCCACCAUACUCGACCGAGACGGUAAGCCGUUUACCUACAUGCCUUACGAUAUGAAGCUGAUGGAGCAGGAGGUUCAUGGUGGAGCAGGAAGACCAGGCUCCCCCUACAGACUCUCUCCCCGAGAGCCCAGCAAAGCCUCCCCCCAGCCGGACCCCAACAACCCUGCCCGCUACAGUGUCCCACCAGUCCUGCAGCCAGCUCCUAACCAGGUGGUUCAGAACCUUCCAGAUGGAAUGCGUAUGCCAUUCUCCCGCCACAGGCCGGCAAACAUUCCGUCUCCCCCUCCUCUCAUUCCCACCUCCAAACCCUCAGACAAGCCCGCCUUCAUCCAAGGAGGAUCUAUUUUACAGGGAACACCGGGCACAUAUCUGCCCUCGCACACGCACACUGUGUAUGGGCCAGAGGGGGCCAAGAGCGCUGGAGGAUCCAUCUCACUCGGCCUGCCAAGACAACAGGACCCUACCAAGCCUGUGUCCUAUAUAAAGCAGGAGGAGUGUUCUCCACGUGGGCAAACUGCUCAGGCUGAAGGACUACUCUCCAGGGCGCAGUACGAAGGAGUGGUCAGAGGAGGACCGAUGCCUGCCAUUCAGGACCUGGGCAGAGGCCCUACAGGAAAGGGUCCUGAGGGACUUCCCUUCAGAGGAGGCUCAAUUACACAUGGCACCCCGGCGCUGCAGCAGUCCAGCAUAGCAGCAGACCUGUUGAAGGGCACCAUCGCCAAGCUGGCCACUGAGGAUCUCACCAGCCCAGAGAAGAGCCGUGCUGAGGCAAUGUCCAAGGGCCAUGUCAUCUAUGAGAGCAAGAGUGGACACCUCAUCUCCUACGAUGCCAUCAAGAACCCCAGAGAAGGUACUAGAAGCCCCAGGACUGGUCAUGAGCUCAAACGCACGUAUGAUAUGAUGGACAGAGGGCACCCUGUACGGGAGGCUGCGCCUUACGAGGGUUUGAUUAGCAGAGCUCAACCCAGAGAUGGUCCCCAUGCUGAUACCAAGGACAGGCCCAUACUCACAGGAUCCAUCAUGCAAGGGACACCACGAGCCUCUGCCGAAGCUUUCGAUGAAGCCAAGUAUGGCAAACAGAUUAAGAGGGAGAGUCCACCCAUCCGCUCGUUUGAGGGCGGGAUCACCAAGGGCAAGCCCUAUGAGGGCGUGAACACAAUUAAAGAGAUGGGCCGCUCUAUUCAUGAGAUACCCCGUAAGGAGACACAGGAUAGCCGCAAGACCCCCGUCAUGGAAGGAUCUAUUACCCAGGGCAUCCCUCUAAAGUAUGAGAGCAGUGCUGUGAACCAGUCAGCCAUCAAACACAACGUAAAGUCUCUGCUCACCAGCCCAGGAAAACUGCCGCAUCCAGCAAUGGAGGCGGCUGAACGUGAGCGUAUCAAGUACGAGGAUGCCAAGGCCUCAGAGAGGGAGCGCAUGCGGCACACAUCCGUGGUCAACUCCACUUCGGUGCUGCGCUCCACACACCAGGAGGCCAGCAAGUCACAGCUAAGCCCUGGCAUGUAUGAAGACGCCAAUGCCCGCAGGACCCCCAACUACACCACCAGCUCCAUCUCCAGGGGGUCACCUUUGCUGAGAGCGCAAGAGGGAGGUAUAACAUCAGGAAAACCUGUCUCUCAUGAGAGGAAGAGCACGCUGACACCAACCCAGAGAGACAGCGUCCCGGCCAAGUCUCCCGUUUCCGGGAGCGACCCGCUGGCCUCGCACAGCCCUUUCGAUCCCCAUCACAGGCCUGUGGUGGCUGGAGAGGUGUACCGAGCCCACCUGCCUCAUCAUCUGGAUCCCAAUCUCUUCCACCAUCGUGUUCUUGACCCAGCAUACAUGUUCCAGCGUCAGCCGUCCCCGACCGGCUACCCUAACACCUACCAGCUGUACACAAUGGAGAACACACGGCAGACCAUCCUCAAUGACUACAUCACCUCUCAGCAGAUGCAGGUCAUCCCGCGGCCCGACGUUGCCAGGGGCCUGUCGCCACGGGAACAGCAGCUCACCAUCCCAUACCCUCCUGGAGCCAGAGGUAUAAUUGAUCUAGCCCAGAUGCCUCCCACCAUCCUGUUGCCUCACCCUGGGGGGACAGGUUCCCCCACCCUGGACCGCAUCACGUACAUCCCUGGACCUCAGCCCUCUUUUCCUCAUAGGGGUUACAACCCAGCCUCCAUAUCUCCAGGACAUCCUGGCCAUCUCGUAGCCAGUGUGGAGAGGGAGAGGGAGCGAGAACGAGAGAGGGAGAGGGAUCGUGAGCACAGAGAGCGAGAGAAAGAGAGGGAGAAGGAGCGAGAGAGGGAGCAGAGGGAGAGAGAGCGGGAACGAGAGAGGGAGCGAGAGAGAGAGCGUGAACGUAGCGAAUACAUGCGUGGAGCUGCAGAGCAGCCUGGCAGGCCUGGUAGCCGUGGUUUCCUGCGUUCCCCCUCCCCUUCGAUGAGGUCACAGGAAAGUGUGGUCCAGCCGAGGCCCAGCAUUUUCCAAGGAACCAAGAGUGUGAUCACUCCUCUGAUGCAGAUGCCCUCAGCAGCAGCUGCAGCGCAGGCCAACUCUCGCUACAACACUGCUGCAGACGCGUUGGCCGCCCUGGUGGAUGCUGCCGCCUCUGCGCCUCAGAUAGACGUGGCUAAGGUCAAAGAGGGCAAGCACGAGGGCGCCGGCCCUCGAGACAAUGAUGUGAGUGCGGCGCGACGGGCGGCAGCCGAGCAGCAGGAGGCUGAGCGCCGCUCAAUGCAGUCCCCCUUCGGAGCCGUGCCACAUCCCAGUGGGAAACAGUCACUUCCUGUGUACACCGAUGGUGGUGGUGGGGGUGACAAAGACAAAGCUCCGCCAACAAAGUCCCGCAUAGAGGAGGAGCUUCGCACACACGGAAAGACCACCAUCACUGCCGCCAGCUUCAUUGACGUCAUCAUCACGCGCCAGAUUGCCUCAGACAAAGACUCCCGAGCGAGGGGCUCACAGAGCUCAGACUCCUCCGGCAGCUUGCCGUCUGGCCGUUAUGAGGCACAGAGCAGUGGAGCCAUUGAGGUGAUCAGCCCAGCCAGUUCUCCGGCACAGAGAGAGGAGAAGAGUGACUUCCCGCCAGAGAAGAGUUCUCAGCCAGCCACAGGUGCUGUUAGAGGGUUUGAUAUGAGUCGGUACAGACAGCAGUUGGAAUCAGGACCCGCAGCACCCCAACCGCCGCCCUCCACCCAGACACACCGCGUCAUGACCCUGGCUGACCACAUCUCGCAUAUCAUAACCCAAGACUUUGCCAGGAACCAGGACCCUCCUCCUGCCUCCAGCUCACUGCCUUCCUCCUCCUCCUCCUCCUCUUCCUCCAUGUCCUCUACAUUCCAAAGCUCUGGUGCAGGAGGUGGCGUGGGUCGAACCAAAGGUCCGAACCGCUACAGCCCAGAGAACCCUGUCCCCCCUGCCCACCAUCAGAAACCAUCCAGCAGGGUGUCCCCUGAGAACGCCCCUGACAAGCCCAGAUCCAGGCCAGGGAAGUCUCCCGAUCGUGCCGGUGGAGUAGGGGGCCGGGGCGUAGAAAGUUAUGAGCCCAUCUCCCCCCCUCAGAGCUACUCAGGCCUGGAAAAACAAGAGAGCAACCUGCUCCAGGGCCAGAGACGUGAACAGGACCUCUCUGAGCAGAGGACGGACUCACGCUCCCCGGGCAGUGGCAGCUAUCUGCCCUCUUUCUUCACCAAGCUGGAGAGCACCUCCCCCAUGGUGAUGUCCAAGAAGCAGGAGAUCUUCCGCAAGUCUGAAGUUGGUAAUGCACAGCCUGGCACGGAGAUUUUUAAUUUACCAGCAGUAACAAGCUCAAGUAACGUGAACCCCAGGAACCACUCGUUCAGUGACCCAGCCAGUAACCUGGGUCUGGAGGAUAUCAUCCGCAAGGCUCUGAUGGGAAGUGUGGAGGAGAGGCCAGAGGAGCAGACGCAGCAAGCUCAGCCUGGAGCUGCCACAGCAGGCAACACAGCCGGUGUAGGGGGUGUCUCAGAGGGGAGACAGGAGGCCACUCCUUCCCCCAACACAGGUAGAUAUUCUGGGAAGCAGAAGCUCCAGAGCAAGGCCAGCAGCAGGAAGUCCAAAUCACCCAACCCAGGGCAGGUGUACUCGGGCGGGGAGCGGCCCUCCUCUGUCUCUUCGGUGCACUCUGAGGGAGAGUACCACAGGCAGGCCCCGAGUUGGACCUGGGAGGACAGGCCUUCAUCCACAGGUUCCAUGCAGUUCCCCUACAACCCACUGACAAUGCGGAUGUUGAGCAGCACCCCUCCCACCUCCAUGGCCUGCCCUUCUCCUUCCAUGCAGUCCCAGCAGCAGCAACCAGGAGGCGGCAGCGCUCCCGUCGGUCCAGCCCGUGCGUGGGAACAGCCGCUUCUCUCGGAACAGUACGAAACCCUGUCGGAUAGCGACGACUGAGCCUAGCGAUGAACUCUUAUCUCCCUCCAACCCCCCCAGUCUUUUGGGUCACCACAGUAAAGUGUCCCUCCCACCAGCGCCCCACCUUCCCAGCUUUUACAGGUCCCUCUCACUGCCACUCUUGUGUGUGGGGAUUAGCUGGGGAGGAGGACUCCCUUCUGGUGCUCUGUCGCUCUCUGGUGGUCAGAGAGAGCAUUGCGAGGGGGUCACUAAUCGGCUGAGUCUUCAGGAUAAACUUUGUAACGGAUUCCGGAAGCUGUGGCCUGCUUGUGGAUAAGAAAACAUACGAAACAUUGAAAAGCGAAAAAGGAUGAAGAACUUGCAAUGUAAAGAAAACUUUAAAAAGACUUAUUUGCUUAAGAUUUUGUUCAAUUUCUGUAAAGAAAUACUUUUUUUGUCUUUAAGGAAGAAAAAUCAAUGUAUGUAAAUAGAGUAACCUUUUGCAGUGUUUUUUUUCCCCCCCCUCUCUAUUUCUUCGCGUUUUAAUGUUGCUUUUUUAAAUCAGACCCUGCUGGUUUGAGAUUACAUGGAAGUUCUUGCUCUCAAUGUGAAAAGUGCUGGUGCUCCUUCUGAACUGGACUGAUCAAGCUGAUCAGUGUUCUGACUGACCACAGCACAGAAACCUUCAGAAAAACACCACGGGAAGAGAGCAUUUCAAUCAGAGGCGUGGACCCUGCCUUCAUAGCACCGUGGAGGCACAUGCGUAACCAUAGAAAUAGAUUCUGCUUCUAUGUGGGCGAUGUUUAUAAAAGGAUCGUAUGACCUGUUACCCAGGUGAAAGUUUAAAAAAAAAAAAAAACUAACAAAAAAACAAAAAAAAGUUUCAGGCCUGCAGGAAAAGCAAAGUUUACGAAAGAAAAGACACCAUCUCCUUUUUGGUUCAUGUGAACAAGUUGAGAACACUGGUGUUGGAGCCGUAUGAUUUUUUUAAAUUUUUUUUUUCUCUUCCCAGUGAAAGAAGAAAUAUAAGCUGAAUGUUUCUUUAAUUUUUUUUCCUUCAAAGUUCUAUGUAUUAUUUUUAUUUUAGGUUUUUAUUUCCUGUGCUAAGCAGGGGUCCAUGGUGGAACUGGCCAUGGGUUUGCGUCUAACAUCCUGAACUGCUUCUGUGUGGUUGCUAACAAGUGCUAAUUGUUCUGCUGUUUUUUUUUUUUCUUUUUUUUCUUUUUUUCCCCCUCUUCUACUUCUUCUUAGAGGAAUCUUUGUCGUUUCAGAGAGGGUCUUGAGAAAUCAAACUGUGACCUUCAGUUCAUUCUUUCAUUUGUUAUUUUAUUCUUUUUUUAAUUGCUGAAGAACAUAAUGAUGACCCCCCUCCCACCCAAAACAAAGGAAAAAAAAAACAAACUUCUGUUUGAUGCACCUCUGCACCGUUGUUGCACUUUUCUUUUUUUGCUUAGUAACUUUUGACAAUGAUUAAAAGCGUACUACCUGUAAUCUAAGUUAUUCAAGCUUGUGCAGAGGUUUGAAAUAUUCGGUUUUGUUCACAUUUUGCAGUCGCCAUUCGGAAAACUUGGAUGUUUUUAACUCUUGCCACUGUUUUCAGGCUUGUUCUGACACAUCACUUGAUCUUUGCUCUAAUCUAUGGUACAGUAAGGCUGUUGAAGUUGCUGCUUCAUAGUGGUGGCUUUUCACAUUUCUUGAUGUCUAAUAGAAAAAGCACUCAGUUUUAGUUACCUGCACAAACAUGAGCUGUCUGUUCUAUGGCAAAGGUCUGUCUAACAGUAAUGCUGACAGCUACAGUAUGUUCCAUGGCAAGACCUUAAAAACUGUUUUAAAACAUAACCUGCUAAAUGUUUCGGUUUUCUUUGCUUUCGCUUCGCUCCAGUAACAAAACCUGUCUGCUUUUUGUUUUGAUGUAUUUAAUUAAUUUCACUUCUGAAAUGGAAAAAAAGCUCAUGUUGAGAUUUUUUAAAAAUUAUUUUCAACAUCGAUGUUAUUCAUCCUGUUUUAAUGGGAUGCCAAGUGUUUACAAUGGCGUUGACAAAAAAAAAAAAGAUGGUGAAACUUGAAUCUUAAGAAAAUGAAAGUCGAUCAUUGCAUCAUUUAGUCUAUUUUUUCAGUCCAACACCUUGCAGUGGUAACUUUUUUUUCUUUUGUCCGUUCAGAAUCGAGACUUGAAAUAACCCGUGUAUCCCAUGAUGUUGAAACGCAAUGUUUGUAUCGCACAAUGUCUCUUAAGUAGCCAAUUACAAAAAGUUCAGACCAAUCAAUAAAGUGGAUUAGCGCUCCACCUUUCUGAAAGUUAA